AAAAGCACCUGCAUGAUUUUUUUUUUAACUUCCUUUUUUGAGACAAAAUUUUACCGUACCUAUCAGUCUCAAUAGCUAAGGGGACUUAGAAUCGUAUUCCUCAUCAAAUCUGUUUCGAAUGAAAGAAGAGUGACAAGUACAAUAUUUGUCUGCUCUAAUAUUGGGAAGGAAGAAAGCGUCGUUACUUCAGGUAAGGGUAUAUUUCCUGAAUCUCCUCCCCCUACAAUUGCUUGAUAUGAAAAGAUAAAAAAAUACGACUUCUUUGCAGUACUCCGAUAACGACAAGUCUUUUCUAGUUUUCUUCUCCGACUAAUCAUUGAUCGAGAAAUGUUUCGCUAUACUUUAAUGCCUCCUCAGAUCAUAUAUCUGAUGCUAUUAUGAUCACAACCGGACUGUUCAUGUCACUCCUUUUGGCAGUAAUAAGGAGUUAUUCUGGUAUGUUUGUUUAUUUGUUCUUUUACUAAUUAGUCAUUUUCAUUUUUAAAAUUAUAUAGUAACUGAGUAGCUUCUCACGCGCUGUUUGCUUAUAAAAGCAAUGGGCGAUGAGAGUAUUUUUUUAAGCUUUCGUAUUAUGUGAAGAAUAUAUACCAAGCCUCAUUCAAUCAUUGUUAAACAGCUUUAGAUAUCAACUAAUUACAUUGCUCAAAACACCAAGAUCGCUGACUGUGAAUAUGCUAAUAAAAUAAGUACUAGUUUCGGUUUUUGUGAUUUCGGAAUUAUCUCAGUCUUGGUAAGUGUAAGUAAUAAUAAUAAAUAAUUUUACUUGCCUUAAAUUAAAAAUAAUUACAAAUAAUAUUUGUAACUAUUUAAGCUAUUUUCUAUUUUCACAGCGGGCUGAAAGUAAAAAACUAAAAUGAUAAAAGAAGGGAAAGAAAAAAAGUAAGAAACUAAAUUAAAAGGAAAAAGACGCUAACCUAAUGAUCAUGAGUCAGUGAAACAGUACAGCAGUACAAGUGUAAGUGAUGAGACUUACCAAGACCUUGAUUCCGGAUAUCACAAUAACCUCAUCCAAUAAUUGUUCAUUUAUUUAUUAUACAUCGAAGUUAUUUCUACGUCUGUGAUUGGCCCAAAUCCCACAGUUAUUUCUUCAUAACCAGCUAGCGUUGACCAGAUGUAGAAGAUGUUUGCGAUAUUCGGAAAAGUGACUUCAAUAGUACGUAGUAAUCGCCAGAAAAGGAACGGCAACCGAGAAGCCCUAGGAAGAGUUUGCGUUGUUUUCGUAGAGCUUAUAAAUAAUAAAACCCUAUAAAAUGGAGGGACAUUUCACACAUUUCGCGAAGAAGAAAUAGCCGAACUACCACCUAAAAACAUAGCAAGAAUUAUGCGAGAAUACAACUAAACUGAUGACAUCUACUAUUGAAAGAAUAUCUGCCAGACUAAUGAAACAUUCUUCUGUACCCCGAACUUGUCGAGAAACAGGCAAAUGAAGACAGGCACUUAACAUGUACAUCGAUCGAGUUAAGCUCUUUUAGUUUGUUUUAAAAGCUUUUUGUAAAUGAUAAAGGAAUUAUUUUGAAGGAACAAUAAAACGAUUAUUGGAUUUGGUAUUAGUGAUAAUUCUUAAGAUCGUGAAAGGUUUGAAUCCAGGAGUCAUUUCAAAAGUAGGUUGAGUUUGGUCGCCCAGGUGAACGUAGUCCUGAAUAGGACAGUUGUUGUUGACAGUCAUACUUUUGAAUUCUUAAGAUCAUACUCAGCCUCAUCCAGCAAUUUUUCAUUACUGUUUAAGUCACAAGGGUCACAGAUGCCUCAAUUUUAUCCUUUUUAGCUUUGGAAUGCCCUGAAAAGUGGAGCGAAUUUGAAGGCUUUUGCUACAAGGUUAUGGAUAGGUUAGGUUAUCCGCGGAGAUUUGCCUGGUCAACAGCUUUAAGAGGGUGUAUUGGGUUUGGAGGAGACCUGGUAAGCAUAUCCAAUGAAAAAGAAAAGAAGUUUGUUCAUAACUUGUCUUUCAAGGACACAGACCGCACUUCUGUGUGGAUUGGGUUGGCGUUUCGGCAUCAAACGGGCGGAUAUGUAUGGAACAAUGGAGAAUUAUUUAACAGUUCUGUUUCCGUCGAGUGGAUCGGCAACAUGUCAAGACGUUUUUAUGAAAAUAAAUGCGUCGAAAUCUUGAAAAACGGCUGGAAACUCUCGAAAUGUUGCAAGGAAAACGAAUAUUUCAUCUGUGAGAGACCCAAAGGUGAGUUGUUCCUGUUGGGAACUUGGCAUUAA